AUGCUCGCAUCCACAUGUCGCAAAGCGACAUCACGCUUCGUUCUGUUCACCAAGUACAGAUCGUAUACGAAUGCACACACCAACGUAUCAGUUCUAAGUGAAAACCCCUUGGUUAACCUGAACGACGAGUUUGUCAAGUAUGCGCGUGUGAAAGGUGAACAUGUUGUACCGGCUGUGCGAUGGGCGUUGGAUGAUUUCAACACGCGCAUUAACGAGCUGGAAACGCACAUAAACAAGAAUAUCGAACAGGGCAACCCCCUGACAUGGGAAGAAGUGAUGGACAAGAGAGAGGUGGCGGGAACUGCCAUUGAACGUGUCUGGGGGGCAGUAAACCACCUGAAAGGUGUCCGCGAUGACAGCGCCUUGCGCAAAGCCUACGACGAGGUUCAGGGAGAGGUGGUGAGCACGUUCGCUGCCUAUGGACAGUCAGAAACAUUAUUUAAAGCAUACGAAUCAAUCGCAAACCAAGGGGGGGGGGCCGCCACUCUGACAAACACUCAGAGGCGUGUGAUUGAUCAGGCGAUCCGGGAUGCGACCCAUGCUGGUGUUGCCCUACAGGGCGAGGCGCGAGAGAAAUACAAAAGCAUCAACAUGGAGCUGUCAAAUCUCACAACGCAAUUCUCGCAGAAUGUUGUCGAUAGCACCAACGCAUUCAGUUUGUUAAUCACCGAUUCGAAACAAGUAGAAGGUGUUCCUGCCAAUCUGCGACUCUCUAUGGCAACUGCUGCGCUGAAGAAAAACAGUAGUGUUGCAGAUGAUGCUCGGGUUGGCGAUGCAGACAAAGGCCCGUGGUUACUAACACUGGAUGCGACGGUGUUUGGACCGUUCAUGCAGACGGGUACGUGUGCUGAAACUCGAGAGGUUCUCUACAAAGCUUACCAACACAGAGCAAGUGAAUUCGAUGCUGCAAAGACUGAAGGGCAGAACUACGACAACGCUCCAAUCAUCAAGCGGAUUUUGGAAUUACGCCAAGAGAAGGCGCAAAUGCUCGGCUAUGAUACGUACACCGAUAUGUCACUGGCAAAGAAAAUGGCGCAGAAUGUAACCAAUGUGAAUGAUCUGUUGGAACCCCUCUUUGCCGCAUCGCGUCCCGCUGCCGUCAAGGAAUUGGCGCAAUUGAAAGAGUUCGCACAGCAGAAUGGGCACAACGGUGACCUACAACUGUGGGAUGUGUCUUACUGGGCCGAGAAGCAGAAAUUGGCACUAUUUGGUCUGACGGAUGAAGAUCUCCGGCCCUACUUUGCACUGCCGAACGUUUUGGACGGGAUGUUUGACCUCGCUAACGAGAUAUUCUCAAUCUCGAUAUCUGAGGCGGAGAUGCCUGAAGAUGUCGCAUGGGACAAACAUGUGCGUCUGUUCGAAGUGAAGGAGAAUCGAGAGGGUUCUGCUAAGGGUACUACCAUCGCCAAGUUCUUCAUGGACGCCUUCAGUCGCCCCGGCGUCAAGCGAGGCGGCGCAUGGAUGGACACGUGCGUGGGCAAGAGCAAGGCACAGCACCACGACGUACCGGUGGCAUUCCUGGUGUGCAACCAAACCACACCUGCGCAGGAAGGCCAGCCGUCGCUCAUGACGUUCCGCGAGGUCGAGACGCUCUUCCAUGAGUUUGGGCAUUCAUUGCAGCACAUGCUGACCACGGUUGAUUGCGGGGAUGCAGCCGGCAUUAAUGGUAUGACUACCGCUCGCAAAUAG